CCCCUGCGCGCACCGCCCUCCGCCCCUGGCCUCCGUGCGCCUCCGCGGACACGCACUUCCUGCGAGGCCUCAGUGCGCACCUUAGCCGAACCGAGCCGAGCUCAACCUUGCACUUCCAAGUCGUUCGCCAUGGUGGACGAGCUGGUGCUACUGCUGCACGCGCUCCUGAUGCGGCACCGCGCGCUGAGCAUCGAGAACAGCCAGCUCAUGGAACAGCUACGGCUGCUGGUGUGCGAGAGGGCCACCCUGCUGCGCCAGGUACGUCCGCCGAGCUGCCCGGUGCCCUUCCCCGAAACGUUUAGCGGCGAGAGCUCCCGGCUCCCCGAGUUUAUCGUGCAGACGGCGUCUUACAUGCUCGUCAACGAGAACCGAUUCUGCAACGACGCCAUGAAGGUGGCAUUCCUAAUCAGCCUGCUCACCGGGGAAGCCGAGGAGUGGGUGGUGCCCUACAUUGAGAUGGAUAGCCCCAUCCUAGGUGAUUACCGGGCCUUCCUCGAUGAGAUGAAACAGUGUUUUGGCUGGGAUGACGACGAAGAAGACGACGACGACGACGAAGAAGAUGAUUACUAGGCCGGGAGACCCUCGGGCCCAGGGGGGAGGGCCCUGCACGCCGCCAUCCUCUCCCCCCCUCCCCCGCCCGGCCCGGAGCCGCCAAGCUCCGUUUCGCCCUCCGAUCCCCUUCCCUACCCCUGCCCUCCGAUUCUCCUCCUCACCGCCCCCCGUAGUGCUUGCCUUUGUUCCAGGAAUUGUACCCCAGUUAACCUGCCGCUGGGGCCUCGUUCUGAAGCGUGCCGCCACCCUCUCUGGCCAGCCCUAGGACCCUGCCCUGCUAAUUUGGACUGUGUCCUGAGCCCCGGCUAUAGGGCAGGCCCCUGUUACAAACUGGUGAGACUACGCACAGCCCUGCCGACUGCAAGGCCUCCAUCUGCCCAGAGACCUACGCUGCCACUUCACCACCAUCCACCACAUUCCAGCGACAGACCACAGCCUUGAAAACAAGGACCGACCUAGAAGAUGCCUGAGUUGGUCCUCGGACAUUGAUUCGGACAACUCACCAA